AUGCAAACUACCAAACAGACCCUCCUACACCGAACUUGGACCCGAGAGUCCUACUUCAUCUCUACGGACCCAUCACUGAUCUCAAUAUCCGAUCUCAACGCGGCCUUCGCAACAGACCUCAUUUACUGGGCAGAACCGCUGCCCGAGGACGUCAUGCGUGAGACGCUCGACAACUCUCUGUGCUUUGGCCUUUACGAUAUUCAGCACGACGCCAAGAAAACGAACAGCAGCGCAAAACCCAGCGACCCGUACCCAGAAGAACGAAAAACGCUGAUCGGUUUUGCACGCUGCGUAACCGAUUUCAGCACUUUUUCCUACCUGACAGACGUGUAUAUUCUUCCCUCGUACCAGGGCAAGGGGCUUGGGAAGUGGAUUGUGCGAUGUGUGGGAGAGGUGCAUGACUCCAUGCCAUACUUAAGAAGGAGUAUGUUAUUUACAAGCGACUGGGAGAGGAGUGUGCCCUUGUAUAAGGGAGUCUUGGGUAUGGAUCUUGUCAAAGGCAAUGGCGGAAAGGAUGGCGGAGGACCAGCGAUAAUGCAGAAGCUAGGGCCGGGAUUUCCUAUGACGCUAAGAUAG